AUGAACCCGCAAAUAGACUUGACAGAUCGUAACGGCCUGCAGGGCGACAAAUGGGUGGGUCCAAAGCCCGAAAUUAAGAUUCAAGAUCUAACCGAGGAGAAUAUUCGAUUCACGCUUUCUAAUACGGAUCUAAGUAUGGCAAAUGCGUUACGACGCAUAAUGAUCUCGGAGGUUCCUACAAUAGCCAUCGACAUGGUCGAAAUCGAACUCAACACAUCAGUGCUGGCGGAUGAAUUUAUCGCACACCGACUCGGACUCAUACCUCUUGACAGCACAGAAGCGGAAAAGAUCAAAUACACGAGAGAUUGCAGUUGCUCUCAGUAUUGUCCGAUAUGUUCUGUCGAGAUGACGCUGAACGUCAAAUGCACUCAGGAAAAUGUAACAAAAGACGUAACUAGUAAAGACCUCAUUAGCAGUGACCCUCGUGUUGUCCCUAUUUACUCAGGAAAAAAUGCUCCGGGUGUCCUUAUUGCGAAAUUAAGAAAAGGUCAAGAACUUAAAAUAAAGUGUAUAGCCAAGAAGGGAGUUGCUAAAGAACACGCCAAGUGGAGUCCAUGUGCAGCCAUUGCGUUUGAAUAUGAUCCACAUAAUAGGUUAAGACACACAGAAUACUGGAUUGAAGAAGAUGAGAAAAAAGAAUGGCCAAAGUCAAAAGUUGCUGCAGAAGAGCCCGAACCAUCGGAAGGAGAGCCCUUUGAUUAUAACCUCAAGCCUAGUAAAUUCUACUUUAAUGUCGAGUGA